AUGAGCGAUUCCGAGGUUCGACCUAAAUUCAACCAGGCAGCCUGUGGCUUUAAAGUGUAUCCCGCCUCACUACAUGAAGCCUUUCCUCUUAUUCAGGAGGCGAGGGAUAAACAAGCGAAUCGGCCAGCCAGGUUUAGACCGAGCACCGAAGGAUUCCUCCUCUUUCCUGUCAUCCAACUUCCAACGACCUAUUUCACCCCACUUCCUACUCCCCCCGGCCGUCAGCCAUCCUUGUCCGAAUCGGUCAUCCCAGGUGAGAUAUACAUUCCACCUGGCCACCCACUGGCUUCUCCCAGUCUGUAUGGGGCUUCUGUUAAUAUUUUUUGCCCAAAUUGCCUCGCUUCAAUUGUUUGUCCGGACUACACACAAAAAUAUCCAGUACCUCUAAUAAACAAUAGAGGUGCGAAUCCAACUGAGUCGCAUCGUGGGGCGUCCGGUUCACCAGGCCUCGAGCGCACAAUCUUGAACAUGGCUCUUUUCUUUCUAUCCACUCUCCCGCCAAAUACUUCCUACACUUCGUGCUAUUUGCACUGCGACACCUCUUCUCGUCACUUCACUUUGCAAACUGGCUACCCAUUCACAAGGGCCUCUCCACAACGGCCCCUCUUUUCCUGUCCUGUACCGCCCCUCCAGCCACCUACUGCCAGGGGGGGAUUUCACCAUUUAUGCACGAAAGGCAUGUAG